UAAUGGUGGUGUUCGGUCAGUAAAAGUUCCGAGAUCCGUUCGCAAUUUCCCGACUCGAAUAAAACCAAUAUACACAUAUAUUUUUCUUACGUCGAGAAUCUUGCGCUUGUGGGAAAGGCGGAAAUUGGCACACUCUCUUCAAGGUCAAGGAUUUUUGCCUCUUUUUUGUGUAAAAUUUUGUAAAAUAAAAAUUUAAUUUGUAAUUGCCAGCCAGCGAGUUUGGACGCAUCACCUCGACCCGUGGUAUUUUCUAUUCGCACAAACAACAAAAUGUCAUCCGCCGCCGUUCAGCCCCCGCCGCCCGUUCCCCCACCACCCCCGACGGCCGCCCCCUCAGCGGGAAAGGGUCUGCACUCCAAGCUGUACAAUGGGAUGAUUGGCGCCGCCGACAAACUUGUGCCCGCCAAGCUGCGCCCACUGUGGAUGCAUCCAGCUGGUCCCAAAACUGUGUUCUUCUGGGCACCCGUCUUCAAAUGGGGCCUUGUUGCCGCCGGUUUGAGUGACCUGGCCCGUCCGGCCGACUCCAUUUCCGUUUCCGGAUGCGCCGCCCUGGCCGCCACGGGCAUCAUCUGGUCCCGCUACUCGCUGGUGAUCAUACCCAAGAACUACAGCCUGUUCGCCGUGAAUCUCUUCGUGGGCAUCACGCAGGUGGUGCAGUUGGCCCGGGCCUACAACUACCACCAGAGUCAGGAGAAGCCGCAAGAGCUGGAGCAGCCGGCGGCGCAGAACUAAACACAUAUCGAAUCGAAUACCGGUGCUGUCCCCUCAAUAUAGACUUUAAUCGAAAUGUUAUGUACAUACAAACAAAUCCCACAAUGCACAACGUAAUCGAAAGGAUUAAGAAGGAGCUGUGUUCGCAGAUCGGGCAUCUGCGUUUUACAAUCUGUUAGCCAUUUUUAUUUAUGGUUCAUUGCCUUAUCGACGUGAUUCGUAUUACUUAAGUUGUAACUGUGGAGGCUUUGCGUAUAGUUUUAUGAAUACGAAAAUUAUUGAACAGUUUGUGAUUGUCAACAAAUAAACCAAUAUAUUGUAAGACUGUAGACAGUA